ACGUAGACUUGGCGAUUGAGCGAUCUCUGACCAAGAUGACACCGAGAUUUGGGUCCUGCUUGACUCUCCUCGUUGUUUUGUACGCUGGUUCUGCACUAUCCGAUGCUGGACAAGAGAUUCUCUGUUGCCACUUGGCGGCUGGUUCCUGUCGCAGUGUUUGUUCAAAGAUUCGAUUGGUGGAGAUUGGAGCAGACCCGAAGAUCAGAGAGGAGGCGAGUCGGAACCUUUCGGAGCUUUGUUCGGUGGAACUGCGCAAACUUAUUUCAGACCGAGUUCUGGGACUGCUUCAACUCAACGGUGGAAAAAGCACGAAAGAAUGAGAACUGGGUGGGCAGAGGAUGUUGUCAUUUGUCACAGAACUUCAUUUGUGGGAUGAAAUGUGCUUUGGCAGGCAGCAGGUCGGAUUUGGAUGCAGAUUGCAGGCAGAGUGAUGAAUUGGAAUUAUUCUCGUGCAUGGAGAAGCAGGAAGAAAGCGAAAGAUGCUGCAACAAUGUGACGAAUGAGACGUGUCGGGCUGUGUGCAGAACGGCUUUUCAUAAUCCUGGAAAACAUUCAUCGCGUAAGCUGAGCGAAAACAAUUGCCAAAAUCAAAUGCCCAAGUGUUUGAAAACGAUUGCUGAAGCUGAGAGUGCCGAAAAUCCAAAGCAAUAUUUGCACUGCUGCGAUGAAGCCACUAGCACCGAAUGUUUAGAAAGCUGUCGAAGUACUUUGCGAACGGCAGUUACUAAUCAGGAUAUUUUCGAUACAUUGGAGAAAAAAUGUGGUCUGGCAUUGCCUCACUCGCCGAUAUGGAGUUGUAUAAUGAAAACUACAACGGCUCCGGAACCCCCCCGGCUUCCCCUAGAUGCUGCGAAACUCUCGUGCUGUUACCGAGCCUACACAUCAAAUUGCAAAAAAUUAUGCUGGAGGGUGUUCCAAGCGGACUGGGAAUCGGCUUGGUCGAAGCUCGACAACGAGUGCUUAUCGUCCCCUAUGGAAGGAGAGCUUCGGAGGUGUCUAGACGAUUCGGACGAUCCAUGCGAGCCGGGAUGCUCUGGGCUGAGGUAUUGCUCACGGUACAACGAUAGGCCGACCACGUUGUUCAGAACGUGUUCGGUGACUGCAGACAACGCGGCACAAUGGGAAGCGGAUCACUGGGUCCGAGGUGGUGUGAUAACAGGAUUGGGGCUACCGGUAAGAGCCGCACCCUCGUGUCCUGUGGAAACGCUUCGCGCGGCGGCUUGUUUGUUUCAAUUGCGUCCGUGCGAAUCGCGGAUUCACGAAACGCGUCUUUGCAGAGACGACUGUUUGGAGCUUCUUUCAGGAUGCGUGGAUUGGUCGGCGAUAACGGGACCUCACACGGCGGCCACGUUGUGCGCGAAGCUCUCUCCCCCGCGUAAAGAGAUGCCGUGUGUCUCGCUGAAACCGUACCUCGAAGAUUCCCCGGAGUUCGGAGUAACGCUUUUACCCGACGAGGACAUCACGACUCCCUGCCUGCCGAAUCCUUGCCUGCCUAAUCAGGUUUGCAUCCUGCAUCCGAACGCCGCGAAGGGCCAUCAGUGCGUGGCUAGUUGUUUGCUGGGUGAAAUUUCCAAGCAGAUGGUUCCUCUGGGCACCUGGGUCCAAGUUCCAAGAGCCGACCAGCAAGGCUGUCUGAAAAUUUGCAAGUGCACAUUGCACGGUCUGGAAAAGUGCAGAGAGCUUAACUGUUUCUCCUUCAAUUCGUGCUGGGUUCAAGACAGGUUUGUCACACACAGAUCGAACUUUUACCUCGAAUGUAAUCCGUGCACCUGUUUUGAAGGAGAGAUCACAUGCUCUCGCAAGAGCUGCGGCAAUUUUAAGGCGGCCUCCUUACCCUGCGAUUGUCCAGCCCACUACGUACCCGUAUGCGGAAGACUCGGGGUCACAUUCGCCUCUGCUUGUCUGGCGAAAUGCUCUGGCGUAAGGAUGAACAAGAUCGAAUUCGGCAGCUGCUCGUCCAGGGAUCCAUGCGAUCCGGACCCAUGCGACAGCACGGCAAAGUGCGUUCGACGGCCGCGCGUGUGCUUGUCGAUUAUCCACAAGCCCUGUGCCCAGCACGAAUGUGUUUCACUCGACUGCGAUCUUCGUCAUGAUACCAACGGUCCAGUCUGCGAUAAAGAUAACAGAGAGCACGCUUCCUUGUGCGCUUUGAUUCGCGCCGGUGCCACCCUUGGAUACAGAGGACCUUGCCUCCAGGGAUGCAGCCUUCGCGGCCCCGUUUGCGGUAUAAACGGCGAAGUCUAUCCGAACGAGUGCUCCGCGUGGGGAGCUGGGACCUCGGUCGAUUACGUGGGACCUUGCAUUGCUGUGGGACUUGUUGGCGAUGUGGCAAAACAACGAUGCGGAGAGAUCGUACAAUGCCCACCAUUAGCUGCCCCCAAUUGUAUCGGUGUCACUCCCCCUGGUGCUUGCUGUCCGGUAUGCGGAGGAGCCGCGAGAUUAUUCUACUCUCGGAAGCAGCUUGAGAGGAUCUUGCACAUGAUGGAUGAAGAGAUGGACCGGGAUGCAGUAACGUUGGGUGCUAUGCUCGUCGCCCUGGGUCGACAGAUUCAAGUAUCGCAGUGUAUGCUAAGGGGCGCGUUGACCCCCGAGGGAGACAUAUUCGUAAUUAACCAACCGCUCCCUGCGAAGCCGUCGCCACUUCAGUUGCAAGCGUGCAUAGCUGAGAUUGAAAAGCUUGUAACACGGAUUUCGGAGAGGAGUCCUAGGAUAUUGGCAGAGGUGCCACUUGGCUCGUUGACAAGAGCGGAGAUAAUGCACGGCCAUGUGUCCGGUGCUUCGUCCAACCAAUUAUGGAUUGCCAUGCUUUCAUUAGCGGUGAUGCUGCUUGUGGGAUUUUAAGAGGCAUGAGCUCGUUCAGAAGAUAACGGACACUGGAAGUCGACGGAGAUCGCAUGUUUGUCACUCGAUUGUUUAACCAAUUUUGUACGUUAAGUGACGGUUGUGUGGAUAGGUAUUUGACAGUGCAGUGACUUCAGAGACAGCAAAGAAAUGAAACUAUAAGUUGACUUUAAUAGUUUAUUCUACGUCAGAUUAAGCUAUGACACAUAUUGAUCCAUUACGGAUGCAUUUUUGCGUUGCGUUCGCGCCAAGUCUGUGAUCCUCCUAGUGCCUACAUAGUUUAAUGUAGUAUAGGAAGUACUUUUGAAUUUAUAUAUGUAUUACCAAAGAAUAGAAAGAGAAAGUCAGAUAGAAAGGAAAAUGAAGAGUUAUAAGGCAAUGGUGCAUAAAUAUACCUGUAAAGUAAUAAUUUUAAAUUAUUAGUUUUGUAAAAUAAAAUUAUU